UUCCAAAAAAUAUUACAAGUUGCGAAUAUGCACCAGCGUCAUACACAAAAGUCAGUGUCAGUUCUUAGUUAAAUAAUAAAGGAAACGAUUUUAAAAUCUGUAUUUGUCGUCUGCAGUACCUACAAUUAGGGUUGCCAUCCGUAAAAUCAUUAAUCUAGAACAGAGAGUGACAGAGAGCAUUAAAACCCCCGACACUACCAACGAUUUCUUAUAUUAGAAAAUCCCGAAAAAAGAGGACUAAUCCGGGGAAACCCGGGUGGAUGGCAGCCCUACCUACAGUGAAUAUGAAAUUCGAAUAAAUAUGAAAUGAAAACAUGGCUAAUACAUUAAUUCCAUUUGUGUACUGGGCUCAAACGGAAAGUCAGAUUACAUUAAAGGUAGAGUUGACUAAUGUUAAGGAUUUAAAUGUUGACAUAGCCGAGAAGAGAUUGCAAGUUAAUGUUUAUGGACAAGGUGCCAAAGGUUUUCAUAAUUAUAGAUUCGAUAUUGAUUUACAUUCGUGUAUUAACACUGAGGAAAGUAGUUAUAAAGUAAUAGAUCGUGAAGUUGAUUUUGUACUGAAAAAAAAAUGUUUCGGUUGGUGGCCAAGAUUAACAAGCCAACCACAAAAACCAUCUUGGCUAAAAAUCGAUUUUGAUAAGUGGACUAGUGAAGAUAUAGAAGACAAUGAAGAUGAAAAACGGGACAUAUGCACUGAUUAUCCUGGCAUGUAUGACAAACUUUAUAAAGAAGAAUUUGGUUACAGGAAAGAAGAUUUUAAGAAGGUGUACUUAAUUAUUUAUAACCUUUGGCAGUUUGUUGGUUUUAUUUACAUUCUCACUGUAAUGGGAAUCAUGUAUUCACGAGAUGGACCAGUUUCUAUGAAGGGAACAUAUACUGCUGUUGGAAACCCAAUGAAGUUUAUACAACUUUUACAGUUCUUAGAAGUUAUGCAUUCCUUAUUUGGUUACACAAAAAGUAGUGUAUUGAUAUCAUUUGUACAAGUAGGAGGUAGAGCAUUUAUUUUAUUUGCUAUGAUUGAAGCUGAGCCACGUAUGCAAACAAAACCUGUAAUUUUUUAUCUAUUUGUUGUUUGGAGUACAGUUGAAGUAGUUAGAUAUCCAUAUUAUAUAAUGCAAUUACUUAAAAUUGAAAUUGCGUUUUUAACAUGGCUAAGAUACACAAUAUGGAUGCCUCUAUAUCCAUUAGGAUUUCUUUGCGAAGGAAUUAUAAUACUGAGAAAUAUUCCAUAUUUUGAGGAAACGCAGAAGUUCACUUUUUCUUUACCAAAUACUUGGAAUUUUGCAUUUCAUUUUCCAUUGUUCCUAAAAAUAUAUUUGCUUAUAUUUUGUUUACCUCUUAUAUACAUGUUAAUGUCCCGUAUGAAUCAAGUACGAUAUAAAAAAUUGGGUAAAUCUAAGUUGAAAAAGAAGUAUGUAUAA